GUCGGCAACCUGCGGCUCCCGAGCCAUUUGUGGCUCUUUCACCUCUGUGCUGCGGCUCCCUGUGGCUUUGGGAAAUAAUUGGUCAGUAUUUAAUUAAAAUGUAUUUUAUGUUAGUUUGUUAGCUUUUGAAAUGUAAUUAUGGUGAUCUUGUACAUUUCCUGCCACAUCCGAAACGGCUCACAAUUAGCCGGCAUUCCGGCUAAGGGAGAUAGCCUACGGGGGUUUGUGAGUACGCGUCUUUUGCAGCAUCUGCGUCCAUGGGGGCUGGGUUGAGGGAGGCUUAAAAGCAAGGCUGUUUAGUUCGAAUAAAGCUAUCUUUGACUGCAGUUUACUGACACCGCUACAACGUGUUUUUAUCGCUGGCUGUCCAGACGGAAGGUGCUGAAACGCUUUGUCGCGUGUCUGGAAGAAGUGAAAACUUUCCUGGGCAGCAAAGGGCUCACCUUUCCUGAGCUGGAACAGCCAGAGUGGCUGGAAAAGCUACACUUCAUGGUAGACAUGACAGCGCACCUGAACACGCUGAACACAGCUCUUCAGGGGAAAGGACGUACAGCCCUGCACAUGUUGGAGGAUGUUUUGGCAUUCGAGCGCAAGUUGACAGUGCUUGCCAGAGAUUUACAGAAAGGCACUUUGUCUCACUUCCCCAAUUUGAGAGAGUUCAAACAAGGUCACGACAUGAUAAUUUCGGAGUAUUUACAUUCUGCAAUCAUCGCAAUGCAAACAUCGUUUGGGAAACGCUUCUGUGAGUUCAGAGAGGAAAAAAACACAUUAUCCUUCCCGGUCACUCCCUUAAGCAUCGAUCCUUCCCUACUGAAUACGACUGCAUUGGCAGGUGUGAGUCAACCUGAUCUUGAGAUGGAACUGGCCGACAUAGCCGACAAAGACAUAUGGGUGUCCAAGUUUAGACGCUUGACAGCAGACCUUGAAGAUGUUGCCCGUCAGAAGGCCGUUCUUGCUCAGAAACACAAAUGGAGUGAUAUUGAAAACCUCACAGAUGACAGCUUGCGAUCCUGUGUAAAGAUGAAGGUGACAUCAUACAGCCCUGAUGUGCAGACGCUGUGCGCUGAGGUCCAGGAGCAGAAAUCCCAUUAACCAAUCCUUUCAUUUUUCAGGAUGACAGCUGGCUGACGUUAUUUUUGGUUUGCUGCUGGCGGAAAAUUUAAGUUCGGCGUUUUUCAUAAAUACAAGAAGGACUCAAAUAGACAUUGAAUAUUUUACUUAAAAGUAACUUUCAACCCAACGUCUUUUUUUCGGAGUUCAAAAUGUUUUUGUUGCAUGCAGAAAUGUAAUUUCGUUUUCUCUGCAGGAGUUCAUCAAUUUCAUAAAUGCAACACAUUAUAGUUUGUUUAUACAUAGCAUAAAGGCAAAAAAAACGUUGUAUGCAGUGUUAUUUCAUUUUAAAUGUCAAACGGGUUUUGCGGCUCCCAGUGUUUUCUUUUCUGUGGGA